CACCGCAGUCUGUCUCCUUUCGCCGUCUUGUAUCCCAGCUCAAGAUUUUACUCUCUCUCUCUUUCUCUUAUUCUGUUCCUUAUCCUCGUGCCACGGUCUCCAAGGUCUGCGAUUCCGUUGGUGUAACGUAAGGGACCAUAAGGAACACCAACACCUUCAUACGAGCAGGAUUUUCGACCAUCAGGCAGACCAAUGAUGUCGAUGGAAAUGAGUGAUGACAAUGGCCUUCUCUCCGGCAGAAGGUCAGGGAGAAUGAUCAACUUCUGGCGCUCGAGGACGGGCAUGGAGCGGGUGUUGGUGGUCGUGACGGCGGUCCUCGGCAUCAUGGUGUUCGGAUUCAUCAUUGGCGUCGCGUCGCUUAAUAAGACGAUCCAUCGAGACGAAGCGACCAUCAGCCAGUUAAGCAGAGCACUGGCAUCCUGUGAGGCCCAGCUCAGCACCACCUCCGUCAGCCCUGUCAGCACCACCUCAGUCAGCCCUGUCAGCACCACCUCCGUCAGCCCUGUCAGCACCACCUCCGUCAGCCCUGUCAGCACCGCCACAGUCAGCCCUGUCAGCACCCCCACCACGGAUAUCACCGCCGCAUCCACUACAGCCGCAACUUCAUCCACCGCAGCCACCACUGCAGCCACCACAAGCAUCCAAUCCACCUCAUCAAGCACAUCCACCUCAACCGCCCCAUCACCCUCAUCAUCCACCACAUCAUCCACCUCAUCCAGCACAUCCACCCCAACCACCCCAUCCAACUCAUCCACCACAGCAUCCACCACCCCAACUAUCCAAUCCACCUCAUCCAGUACAGCAUCCACCACCCCAUCCACCUCAUCCACCACCCCAUCCACCUCAUCCACCAUCCCAUCCACCUCAUCCACCUCACCCGUCCCUGACACCACAGAUCAAAGCACUGACGCCACGACAUUUUAGUCCCGAAGUCCUAAACUGAAACUGCCAUUCCGUUAUCCAGUGUUUGUACAACUUCUAAUGCUGGAAUUAUUUUUGAAAUUACAUCUAGUAAACGUUAAGUAAGUUUUUAGUAAGAGACACACACCCACACACACACACAUAUAAGUGUGUGUGUGUAUUCGUGUGUGUGUGUGUGUGUGUGUGUGUGUGUGUGUGUGUGUGUGUGUGUGUGUG